UAUGCAUUCCUCUCUCUCUCUCUCUCUGGCUCUGUCUUUUUAUACGUCUUUGUGUGGAGUGUGUGGGUGGUAGGGUAAUGGGAGCGUGAGAUUCGUCAAUUAGGGUGGUGGGUGCAUCAAAUUUACCGACGUGAUGUUUCAAAGCUGAAAUUACACUUUCCCGACUCUGUUCUUCUGCUCAAUUUUCCCAUGUGAUUGAUUUAAGAGGUGUUUUCUGUGAUUACCCGGUUCAAAUUCAGGACUGCCUGGGCUCAAUCUUGGAUCAUUUCCAGUUACUGUAAACGGGUCGGUGAUAAUAUAUCACUUCGAGAUAGCACCCCAUCAAGAAAAGAGAACCAGGUAAUCUUUAUUAGUAUUGUGGCCAGGCAUACUUUUUCAUGCUGGGUUCGCAACGACACAGAAGAUCAGUCAUGUCCAACACAUUAUACUAUCAGCCUGUCCAAGAGGUCGAGGGUUAUUGUUUGCCUCAGUUUCAAACUAUAGAUCACCAGUCCUGCUAUUGUAACAACAGCCUAGGGAGUCAAUUCUCUAUUCAGAGUUCCCUUGGAAGGUACAGUACUCUGGAAUCAUCCCCCCCGACUGGCUGCUGCACUGUUUACAAUUCACCAUCCAUUGUCAGUUUGUCACCCAGUGGAAGCCCCAUGUCACAGCAAGAGAUUCAAUCAUAUCGACCUGACCUUUACUGCUCUCCGGAUAAUAAUCAUGUAUCCCCUAUACGUGCUCCCUGUGUAAGCGAUGAUGUUAAAGAGUUUAGGCACAAGCUGCUUGAACUCGAAUCUGCAAUGCUGGCACCUGAUCCAGACUUGCCUGAAAGUUAUGAGACUACUUUACAGGUAGCCGUGGCCUCACCAAAGAUUGAAAGCUGGAGACAAAUGAUGGACGCAAUUCCCAGAAGAGACUUGAAAAAGGUUCUUAUUGCGUGUGCAAAAGCAGUAUCAGAUAAUGACAUGUUGACUGCACAAUGGUUGAUGGCUGAAUUGCGUCAAAUGGUGUCAGUGUCCGGUGAACCAAUCCAACGUUUGGCAGCAUACAUGUUGGAAGGUCUUGUUGCGAGAUUGGCCUCCUCGGGGAGUUUGAUUUAUGAAUCUUUGAGAUGCAAAGUACCGGCAAGCACUGAGCUUCUCUCCUACAUGCAUAUUCUUUAUGAGGUUUGCCCCUAUUUCAAGUUUGGCUACAUGUCUGCUAAUGGUGCCAUUGCAGAAGCAAUGAAGGAUGAAAACAGGGUUCACAUCAUUGACUUCCAAAUUGGUCAGGGGAGUCAGUGGGUAACUCUGAUCCAGGCUUUCGCGUCUCGGCCCGGUGGGCCACCACACAUCCGUAUAACAGGUAUUGACGAUCCCACGUCAGCUUACGCCCGUGGAGGAGGACUCAACAUUGUCGGACAGAUGCUAUCUAGGCUUGCCAAUGCAUUUAAGGUUCCAUUCGAAUUCCAUGGUGUUUCCAUACCUGCCUGUGAAGUUGAGCCCGAGAAUCUUGGAAUCCAACCUCACGAGGCUCUGGCGGUGAACUUUGCGUUUAUGCUGCACCACAUGCCGGAUGAGAGUGUGACUACACAGAAUCACAGGGAUAGGCUGCUGAGGCUUGCCAAGAGCCUGUUUCCCAAGGUGGUAACCCUGGUUGAGCAAGAAUCCAACACAAACACUGCUGCAUUCUUCCUGCGAUUUCUAGAGGCGCUCGACUAUUACACAGCCAUGUUCGAAUCAAUCGACGUGACACUUCCAAGGGAACAGAAGGAGCGGAUAAAUGUUGAGCAGCACUGCUUAGCCAGGGAUGUCGUAAACGUGAUAGCGUGCGAGGGGACUGAGAGGGUGGAGCGGCAUGAGCUCCUUGGGAAGUGGAAGUUGCGGUUCAGAAUGGCGGGGUUUACGCCAUGCCCCCUAAGCUCUUUGGUAAACUCCACCAUCAAAAGACUGCUGCAGAAUUACUGCAACAAGUACAGACUAGAAGAAAGAGAUGGAGCCUUGUAUCUUGGUUGGAUGAACAGAGAUUUGGUUGCUUCUUGCGCCUGGAAGUAGAAAACUUGCUUGCUGCUGCUUGUGUUUUGUUUAAUUUCUUCGGCUGCUUUUGCUUCAUCGUCAUCAUCAAAAUUCUCUGCUUUCUUUCUUUGAGAAUUGGGGUUUUGUAAUUGGUUUCAGUCUCAGGGAUGAUGAAUUUUGCUGUUCUCCUCAGCUGUUGAUUUUGGAAUUCUCUCUCUAUCUAUGUUCUCAAAUGGGAUUUUGCUUGGACGUUACCUGAACCUACGAUUAUUCUUGAAUCAACAGGUCUCACAACUAAGGCAAUAAACUUGUGUAUGCUUGUUCA